AUCCAACGAUUCUGAUGAAAAACGUUUCACUUAAGUAUGCUAGAAUCCAUCUUGUAAUAGCCAACAAACAUUAAACACCAAAAAGUUAGCAUUAUUGGGAGAACCAAGAACGUAACGGUUAACAGCAACUACUUUGUUUCACAUGGACGAGAGAAAAAGAAUAGAUCCAAGGAGCGGUUUCAACCGCGCUUCCAGAAUCUUCCACAGCCUCAAGCCACCACUCCCCCUCCCUCCUCCCAACGCCACCUUCUCCGCCACAACCUACGCCCUCUCCCUCCGCCGCAACUCGCUAUUUCCCGACUCCACCACCGCCCUCAUCGAUGCCACCACCGGCCACCGCCUCUCCCACUACGAGGUCAUCAACCGCAUCGAAACCCUAGCAAAUAAUUUCACCUCUAUCCUCAAACUCUCCAAAGGCGACACUGCGCUCAUUCUCUCCCCAAACCUCAUCCAAGUUCCAAUCCUCUGCUUCGCACUUCUUUCGCUUGGCGUGGUCGUCUCUCCCGCGAACCCUAUCUCCACGCGCUCCGAUCUCACGCGCCUCUUCCACCUCAGCAAACCUGCAAUUGUCUUCACAGUAACUUCAGUCGUUGAGAAAACACAAGACUUUCAUGUUAGAACCGUACUCCUCGACUCGCCCGAGUUCGACUCGCUCACGAAGACUCGGAUUCAGAUACAUCCUCCGAGUCCACUCGUUUCCCCCGUGACUCAAUCUGACGUGGCAGCGAUUUUAUACUCGUCGGGGACCACGGGGAUGAUGAAGGGUGUGGUAAUGACGCACCGUAACCUAACGGCGUUAGCCGCGGGAUACGACGCCGUUAGAGUAAACAGAAAGUAUCCCGCGGUGUUCUUCUUUACGAUGCCGUUUUUCCACGUGUACGGGUUCACGCUCAGUUUUAGGGCAAUGGUGCUGUCGGAGACGGUGGUGAUAAUGGAGAGGUUCAGUUUGAGGGGGAUGCUGAGCGCCGUGGAGAGGUUCGGAGUGACACACCUGGCGGUGGUGCCGCCGCUGAUGGUAGCUUUGACGAAGGACAGCGUCACCAACGGGUACGAUUUGAAGACGCUGGAAGGGGUUACGUGCGGUUCGUCUCCACUGGGAAAGGAAACCGCUGAGGCUUUCAAAGCAAAGUUCCCCAACGUCAUGAUCCUCCAGGGAUACGGUUUAACAGAGUCAACUGCUGGGGUUGCCCGAACAUCUCCAGAGGACGCUAAUCGGGCAGGAACAACAGGUAGACUGGUAUCAGGAGUGGAAGCCAAAAUUGUGAAUCCAAAUACAGGAGAAGCCAUGUUUCCCUGUGAACAAGGAGAACUUUGGAUCAAAUCACCUAGUAUUAUGAAAGGUUAUGUUGGUGACCCUGAAGCAACUUCAGCAACUUUGGUGGAUGGGUGGUUAAGGACUGGGGACCUCUGUUAUUUUGAUAACGAAGGGUUCUUGUAUGUUGUAGAUAGAUUGAAAGAGUUGAUCAAAUACAAGGGGUACCAGGUUGCUCCGGCAGAGCUCGAACAAUAUCUCCUGUCUCACCCAGAAAUAAAUGAUGCCGCGGUUAUUCCAUACCCUGAUGAAGAAGCCGGCCAGGUGCCCAUGGCGUUUGUGGUAAGACAACCCCAAAGUUCCCUGAGUGAAAUAGAGAUAAUUGAUUUUGUAGCCAAACAGGUUGCACCAUACAAGAAAAUAAGGCGUGUAGCAUUUGUUGAUUCAAUACCGAAGAAUGCCUUAGGAAAGAUACUAAGGAAGGACUUAAAUAAACUUGCUCUCUCUAGGCUAUAAUGCUUCAUUUUUAUUUUAUUUUCGUUGGGGGUGGUGUGGAAUCAGUUCGGUAUAUUUAAAUAAUGAGUGUUGCUAGGUGCACCUAGCAUUAUUGUUGGUACACCCAGCAUUUUAUAAAAAUGACGAAAUUGCCCUUGUUUGGUUUUCCUCUUACGGAUCAACUUGAUCCGUAAGAAGAAAAAUGAUAAUUUAUUAA